GUACGAUAAACUUGUCUUUACAUUUUUGUUUUGUAAACUACAUACAUAUUUUGUGGUACUUAUGGUGUAUGAUACUGUUUUGUGUUCAACAUGGAAUAAAUAUUGACAUAAACGAGCCUCAGAUCUUUCCGGAAUGUGUAAUUGCAAAGAAUAUGGUAGUGUUACAAAGGAUUUGGAUGGCCGUUCUAUGCGUUCUACUACUCGAAGAAGAUGUAGCUACCCAAUCAAGACCAAAAUCAUUCCGAGAUAUUUUAAGAGAAAUGACAUUAGACAACGUGGGAAAUUUUUUAAUCAAAUACCCAUGGCGCCAAAAUGCCAGAGUCCAAGCCCAGUUUCCAAAAUCCAUGCCAUUUCCAUGCAAAAAUUUAACGAUCAAUGGAUUAGGCAGAUCAUCAGUUAGGCCCACAAGCGUUCACCGAUUGAGACCUGGUGAUAUUGAUGUGAUAGCUGCUCUGGGUGACUCUUUGGUAGCUGGCAAUGGAGCUUUGGAAGAAUUUGCUAUGGGGACGAUGAUUGAAAAUCGCGGUGUCUCUUGGUGCAUAGGAGGCGAAGCGACCUGGAGACAAUUCCUUACUCUGCCGAAUAUCCUAAAGGAAUUUAAUCCUAACCUUCGAGGUUAUUCUACAGGAACUGGAGAAUUUCUAUCAUCUAAUGCCAAACUGAAUGUAGCCUUUCCUGUUGCUGCUGAUGCUGAUGCUUUUCGACAAGCCAAAGUUUUGGUUAAGAAAAUGAAAUCUGACCCGAAAAUCAACAUUUACGAAGACUGGAAAAUGAUCACUCUAUUUUUUGGUGCAAACGAUAUUUGUUCGGCUCAGUGCUACAACAAGGAAAAUGCUUCCGCUAGAAGUCAUGCUUUGAAACUAAGACGAGCUUUGGAUUAUUUAUAUGAAAAGUUACCGAAAACAUUUGUUAAUUUAGUUCCUGUUUUAGAUGUAUCGGUUAGUAUCCGCAUAAAAAGGACAAUGAUGUGCCACUUGUUCCAUAGGCUAUUUUGCGCUUGCUUCCAUGAAGGAGGUAAUGAAAUGGAUACGAUUACUACUCUUACACAGGAAUACCAACAAGCUGAAGAAGAUUUGAUUUUUAGUGGUAGAUACGACCAAAGAGACGAUUUUACAGUAGUGAUUCAGCCUUUUAUAAAAUUAUUCAAUGCUCCAGAUGAUCCAUUUAGAAGAUACGAUGAAGUGAUAGAUAUUUCUUAUAUAACGCAUGAUUGUUUUCAUUUCUCGCAAAAAGGACAUGCUCUAGCUGCUAAUAUGUUUUGGAAUAACUUACUACAGCCAGUAGGAUUGAAAAGCCAAAGAAAACUAAAUUUUGUCAUGGAGAAGUUUGACUGCCCCAAAUCAGAUAUUCCAUUUUUAUUUACCAAUAAAAACUCAAGGAGCUACUUGAGCACCGGUCAACAGUAAUUUUUAAGUUUAUUUUUUAAAUUGUCUACCUCAAAAUAUAUUUUUUUUUUACUUCUAA